AUGGCUAUCCCAAAACUGGAAUUUGACGCUGCGGAAGAGAAAUUACCUUCUUUGUUCUCGGUAACAGAACAAAUAGAGGAUGAUUUGAAAGCCGAAGAAGCUCAAUUAGCCAAAGACCCAGAAUUACUAAAGGCACUUACCGAUCAAUAUCAAAAAAUAAUGGAAGAUGCUUCAGAAUCGUUAGCUCUCAAGAUAGAUCCAACCCCGGGUUACGUAAUUAAAACUCAUCUCUUGGAAGGAACAACGGCAUCUCACCCAGCUGGCGUAAAAUUACUCAUUAAUGUCGCUCAUUCCGAAAAGGUGCCCGAGCCUUCGCCUGCCACCGAACAAGAAAUUCAACGAGCUAUGAAGGCUGUAGAAGGCGCUAGUUAUCCGGUGCCUUUUGUGGUCGGGAAUUUAAGGGAAGACGUUGAUAAAGGCGCCAACCUUUGUCUUGUUUGUGAUGCUGUGUUGAAUACAAAGGUAUAUGAAAAGACCAUAGAAAAUUACGAUUUUAAGCUUUUUAUCGCCGAGCAUGCGAUGGAACACAUUGAAGACAAGCAUAAUCUUAAAUUGAAUCGAGAUAUUGUGUUUCCAAAAUUGCGAUGUAAGGGUAAAUUAGAAGUCAUUAAUUUGCCCGUAACUAGAAAACAACAAUCACCCAUUAUAACGGAAGUGUCUCUUCCGGCCGCUGUUGCCAAGAAUAAAGCAACAAAAGAGACACCAUCACCCCGCUUACCAUUAGAUCAAAUACAAAAUCCACAACAAUCAUUGGCAGUCCCUAUUAUUAAGCCAAAAUAUUCAAUCACUGAAGAAAAAACCAGCGAAAAAAAUUACAUGAAAAUUUUAAUUGAUGUUCCAAACCUGGAAACAACAAACUCGUCAACUUUGGAUAUAGAACCAUCGCGCUUGAUAUUCUAUGCUCCGCAACAUUACCAAUUAGACAUCGAUCUACCAGGUUCUAUUGAUAUUGAAACAGCAAACGCACGAUUUGUGAGGCCAAAAAAGAAGAUCGUGGUGAAAGCUGAGAAAAAAUAG